CAUGAGGGUUUCAAGUUGACCAGAUCAAUCGCAACAUCUACCGAGAACUAGAGGAAGCGACUUGCCAUCCAAGACGAGAGAAACACUUUCAGGGCAGGACUCUGUCAAGAAGCAGUCCUCUCGUGCGAAGGAACUGCAGGUGAAGAGGUGGUGAAGAACAAGUCUCCGAACGCCAUGGCGAUUCCGAACGAGAAACUCCAACAACUCCUCCAAGAAAUCGAACAAAAAGCCGCCUUCUCCCAACAACAGCUCGGCAUCGUGCGCGCGCAAAUCGCCGCCAAGACCCGCGAGAGCCGGCUCCUACAGCUCUCGCAGCAGGAGCUCGAGGCGCUGCCCCGGGAGACGCCGGUGUACGAUGGAGUAGGGAAGAUGUUCGUCUUGACUUCCACCAAAGACGUCUCCACACGCCAGGUCAAGGAGGCGGCGGAUCUCAAGGCCGAAUUGGCCAAUCUGGACAAGAAGCUGAAUUACCUCGAGACGACGUUCAAGAAUAGUCAGCAGCAUAUGGAGGCGUUGUUCCGUAGGGCCGGGUGAGGCGAUGACAUUCGACGACUUACUGGGGCGUUGAGCGAUCGACGGGGCGGCGUUCUAGCGCCGGAGGGUCGAUGCUGGGCAUGAUGAGAUUGUCAUGGCAUGUGAGGAGGGAGCCACGAGCUUUCUCGACUGCGAUGCGGCUGAGUUCAUCAGAUGAGAAGCUCAGCACGAUUAUGAGGACAUUUUCACAUAGAGAAGGGC